AGGAGCUUUGUGAUGUCACAAAGGUCUGACAGGACUGAAUAAAUCUUACUUGGCUAUAUUUAAACCAGUUUGGCAUUUUCACUCAUCAUUACGGCGGACAACCACAACUUUUCGAGUCAUGGCAUCCAGAUCGUACAAAUCGAACAACACUGUUCAAUGCUCAGCGAGCACAAAGAGACACUCUGAGGAGAGUCUUGAAAGACCCAGCAAGAAGAGCAGGACAAGUCCAUCAAGUCCCUCUGACAGCUGCAGUCUGAAGACUUGGCCAACAUCUUGUGCCGGCUCAGUUAGCAGUAGACUUUGGACAGAUACUGGGGAGAGUACGAACAGUUCGAAAAGGAAGUCCACUGCUGAUGAGACCGAAGAGGGGCCAAGGAAGAGGAGCAGAGUGACCCCCAUUCUUGCUGAAUACCACAGCGAGACCUUCUGUGGCUCUUCCCACAAUGAGGACGCUCAACCUUCAAGCGAUCUUGAAGACCAUGACGUCCCAUUGCUUAGCCCUCUCCUUAAAGCCAUUAAAGAUGCCUACGAAGAGAAGUAUGUGGAGCAAGAACUCCUCGGUAGAGGAGGCUUCGGGGCAGUCUUUGCUGGCUACAGGAGACGGGACAAUUUGCCAGUUGCCAUCAAGCACAUUCAUCUGAUAGCAGCUAAGAUCAUCAAGGUGCCUUGGGGUUCAGGAAAACGCGAAGUCCCUCUGGAGGUUGCACUGCUUCAGCAAGCAAAGCCACUAGAAUCAGGACCUAGUGCAGUCGUGGGCCUGCUCAACUGGUACAUUGUGGGGCAAGAACUAAUUCUUGUUCUGGAGCGACCAGUCCCCUGCAUGGAACUCUGCGAUUAUUUUGAAACAGGACAGCGUCCUAUGCUGGAGCAUGAGGUGAAAAUCAUAGGAAAGCAGUUGGUGGACGCCUUCAUAGAAAUCCACUCCAGAGGCGUUUUCCACAGGGACAUCAAGAUGGAGAACAUCCUUAUUGAAACCGGCUCUGAUGUCCCUCGUGUGCGCAUCAUAGAUUUUGGAUGUGGCACAUUUGUCACUGAGGAGGGAUACACUUCAGGACCAGGAACCCCUAUGUACCAAUCCCCUGAGUGGAUAACCAACAGGGGAUACAAAGCUGAACCAGCCACAGUAUGGCAGCUAGGUGUCUUGCUUUAUACAAUGGUUCAUGGAGAUUUCCCCUUUAACUACCCCGAUAAGAAAGUCUUUGGGAACCUGUAUGUCAGCAAGAAUCUCUCCAACAACUGCCAGAAUUUUCUCCAGAGCUGUCUUCUCAUGACCCCAGAGGACAGAGCUACCCUGGAGGCCCUGAAGAACCACCCUUGGCUGGUUUAACCAGGACAACAGGGCCCUUCUUCCCCAAAGACUAAUGCCACAAUCCCAUCGUCCUCAUGAAAUGAAAAAAUGAAAAAAUUGAAAAAGACCUUUAACUACUCCAAAAAUAAAGUCUUUGGGAACCUGUAUGUCAGCAAGAAUCUCUCCAACAACUGCCAGAAUUUUCUCCAGAGCUGUCUUCUCAUGACCCCAGAGGACAGAGCUACCCUGGAGGCCCUGAAGAACCACCCUUGGCUGGUUUAACCAGGACAACAGGGGCCCUUCUUCCCUAAAGACUAAUGCCACAAUCCCAUUGUCCCCAUAAAAUGAAAAAAUGAAAAAAUUGAAAAAGAACGUUAACUACCCCAAAAAUAAAGUCUUUGGGAACCUGUAUAUCAGCAAGAAUCUCUCCAACAACUGCCUGCAUUUUCUCCAGAGCUGUCUUCUCAUGACCCCAGAGGACAGAGCUACCCUGGAGACCCUGAAGGACCACCCUUGGCUGGUUUAACCAGGACAACAGGGGCCCUUCUUCCCUAAAGAAUAAUGCCACAAUCCCAUCGUCCCCAUGAAAUGAAUAAAAUGAAAAAGACCUUUAACUACUCCAAAAAUAAAGUCUUUGGGAACCUGUAUGUCAGCAAGAAUCUCUCCAACAACUGCCAGAAUUUUCUCCAGAGCUGUCUUCUCAUGACCCCAGAGGACAGAGCUACCCUGGAGGCCCUGAAGGACCACCCUUGGCUGGUUUAACCAGGACAACAGGGGCCCUUCUUCCCAAAGAGUAAUGCCACAAUCCCAUCGUCCCCAUGAAAUGAAAAAUGUAAAAAGACUUUGUCCUUAAGACUACAACAGCUCAUAAAAACACCCAGCUGUCCGUGGUCUUGUUGAUAGAUCCUGAGUCAUUAUAUACAUGGGACAACAAAGAAAGUCUGUCUUUGUAGUCCAGAUCCAGAGUCUUAUUGGAUGGACUGAAAACUGAAAAAAUACAUGCCAAAAAAAUAAAAAAAUAAAAUAUAUUUGGCAAAA